GGGAGGCGGCGGCGGCGGCGGCUGAGGAGAAAGGAGAGCGGCCGGCCGCGGUGAGUCACCUGACCGCUGCCCGCCCGCCGUCCGUCGGUCCGUCUGGCUCGCUCGCUGCUGUCAGUCCGUCGGGCCGCGCCGCGUCUCGGCUCCGAGAGCAGAAGUUAUUUCCAAAUGGAGGUACAGGAAGUGUGAAAUGUCUGCUCAUCCUUCGUCAGCAUUACCGGCUUGGACACGGGGGAGAAUGCUUUCACAGCACGUCCCAGCCCCACUCGCAACUCAGGAUGUCUCAGGAGAGCGCGGUGUUUGCCUAUGAGUCCUCGGUGCACAGCGCCAACGUCCUGCUCAGCCUCGACGACCAGCGCCGGAAGGAUGAGCUGUGUGACGUCACCGUCCUCGUGGAGGGGCGGCCGUUCCGCGCCCACCGCGCCGUGCUGGCCGCCUGCAGCACUUACUUCCACGCGAGGGUCCUGGGCCAGGCCGAGCCGGAGCGCAGCAUUUCUCUCCCAGAAGAGGUGACAGUGAAGGGGUUUGAGCCUUUACUUCAGUUUGCCUACACGGCUAAGCUGCUCCUGAGUCAGGACAACGUGGACGAAGUGUGCAGGUGUGUGGAGUUCUUAGGCGUCCACGACAUUGAGGAGUCCUGCUUUCAGUUUCUCAGAUUCAAGUCCUCGGACUCCAUUGCCAACCAGCAAGAAUGCCCACGAAAGACCUGCUUCCCCUCCCACUGUCAGAAAACAAGCCUCCAGUUUCCGCUUUUGGACCAGAAGGAUUUAGAAAUUAAUGACGUGGAGGAGUUUUUGGAAAAUAAAAAUGUUCAGACUCCUCCAUGUAAACUCCGUGGAUAUCAAGGAAAUACAAAACUGUCACCUCCCCUGCAAGACAGUGCUAGUCAGACUUGGGAGUCCAUGUGCUCAGACAAGGGGGCUGCUCUGGCCCUGCCAUCUCUAUGCCCCAAAUACAGAAAGUUCCAGAAAGCGUUUGGAACGGACAGAGUCCGCACUGUGGAGUCGGGGUUCAAAGACGGUCACACUUCCGCUCCGCCCAGCGAGAUGCCUGACAGCGAGUGCCCGGGAGGAGCCCAGGACCAUGCAGACCUGCAGGCGGUUUUAAAAUGUGAAGAAAGGAAUGCAGCAGCGGAGCCUGAGGACACCACGGAGGAGCCUGCCUCCCAGUGCCCGCUGGAGCGGACAGCGGCGCCGUUCCUGCACUCCACCGCGGACCCACCGGGCCUCUACUCGCUGUCCCUCCUGCACACCUAUGACCAGUAUGGCGACUUGAACUUGGCUGGUAUGCAGCCCACAGCAGUGUUAACCGAAAAGCCGUUGUCAGGCCCAGGUGUCGGAGAAGAGAAGGCCUUGGCUGGAAGCGAGGAUUUACUUUUGAAACCGGACUCCAGCCCCCGGGGAGAGGACGGCCCUCCUCCUGGUGGUCGCAGCAGUGUGGAGCGGGAGGUGGCCGAGCACCUGGCCAAGGGCUUCUGGAGUGACAUCUGCAGCACAGACGCUCCUUGCCAAGUGCAGCUGUCACCUGCCGGGGCCAAAGAUGGGGCAGAACAGAGCCCCUCUCAGAAGCGGUCCGAGUGCCCCUGGUUAGGAAUCAGGAUUAGCGACAGCCCGGAGCCGGGCCAGAGGACAUUUGCAACGUUAAGUUCUGUUAGCUGCCCCUUCAUAAGCACUCUGAACACCGAAGGCCAUGCGAGCAGCUUGGAGAUGGGAGCUGACGGCUACGCCUCGGAGCCCCAGCAGGAACCCUGUCCAUACGCCUGUGUGAUCAGCUUGGGGGACGACUCGGAGACGGACACCGAAGGGGACAGUGAGCCCUGCUCAGCCCGAGAGCAGGAAUGUGAGGUAAAACUGCCAUUUAACGCACAGCGGAUCAUUUCCCUCUCCCGGAACGACUUCCAGUCCUUGCUGAGGAUGCACAAGCUGACUCCAGAACAGCUGGACUGUAUCCACGACAUCCGGAGGAGGAGUAAGAACAGGAUCGCCGCCCAGCGCUGCCGCAAGAGGAAACUCGACUGCAUACAGAAUCUGGAGUCGGAAAUCGAGAAGCUGCAGAGUGAGAAGGAGAGCUUGCUGCGGGAGAGAGACCACAUCCUGUCGACGCUGGGUGAGACCAAGCAGAACCUGACCGGACUUUGCCAGCAAGUCUGUAAAGAGGCGGCUCUGAGCCAGGAACAGAUUCAGAUACUCGCCAAGUACUCAGCCUCAGAAUGCCCACUUUCGUUUUUAAUUUCUGAAAAGGACAAAAGUACUUCUGAUGGUGCUCUUGUGUUCCCACCAAUUCUGAGUUUACCGGAGGGACCUCCUGCCGCACCGCCUGCUGGGGGCCAAAGCUCCUGCUUCUCCGGCGGGAAGGACAAUGGGUCGGGCUGUGUGCCGGCCCAGGAGUCUGGGCACAGCCCCAGGGUGGAGAGCGAGGGGCCCUCGGAGCAGAGCCGGCAGAGUGCAGGCAUCUCCGACUUCUGCCAGCAGAUGACCGACAAAUGCACUACUGACGAGUGAGCCUCACUUCCUCCUUCCAGCCCCGAGCCUCCUGCUGAAGCUCUGGUGUGUCCUGAGCCUCAUCCAGCCACUGGUCUGCCAAUAGGACUGUUUCCCCUCCGUGGCCGAGAGGGCUCCUCUGAGGCCCCUGAUGCCUCGACUCCACAGAAAUGCAGAGGUGGCGGCAUUUGGAGAGAGAGAGUCCCAUCAAACACACAGUGAGACUUUUAUUCUGUUUCAAAAAAUAACUGUUAGUAGCAACUCUACCCCUCAUUCAAAAUGCCAGAAUGUGGACUAGCCCAUCCAGCAUCAGUAUAACUGCAGGCGUCCACAGGGUUCCCCUGAGGAAGAGCCGGGGGAGUCAGGAGCCUGCCUUGCCUGCGUGUGCUGAGAGAGCCUGGCCCCAGGAGCUGAUGGGCUGCACACAGUGGGGCAGCUGCUUGGGAUACCUGAAGCCUGGAGCUUGGCUCCGCAGCCCCUGCUAAAACCAGGGGUGGGUGGCCUGCACUGGGCCCCUAAGCUCCCGUGGGCCUGGGGCGGCCCGAGGCAGAGGCUCCGCCUCUUGUGUGGACGUUAGGGGCUGUGGUCAUGGCAGCAGGUAAGGGCCAUGGCUCAUCUCUCAGUUUACCCCGCUGGUCCUCAAGUCUGCCUCCUGAUGCUCUGUCUUUUUGUGGGAAGUGGGACUUGGAUUCAGGCAGUGUUUCCUUCGGCUCCUUGAGGGCUUGCCUGCCUCCCACAGCACAGCCCGACAUCUGGGGAGAGGGCCGCCUGCAGGACUAGGAGAGGCAGGCACUUCCGUCUGGUUGUGAAAGCCUAUUGUUUACUUGUGGAAAGUGUUAUUGUAGACUUAAAGAAGCCUCUAGAACAACCGCAUAGGUUUGUGGAACAGGGUGACACUCGAUCUUGUUUCAUGUGUGAGUGACUUAGGAAAUCAGAGUGCCUGCUGCUCUGUUCCCGAAUCGGGUGUCCUGGGGCCCGUGGUCCUGGUCCUCUUAGUCGUCCUUUGCCCGUCCUGUUCAGUGCAGCUUUCGCCUCUGAGUGCUCCUGUAGCACUGCCGCUGUCUCAGCAGCCUGCUCUUACAGGCUUGUUUGACAAGGAAAGUGAGACUCGACCUCCUACCAUUAGAAAAGCAUGUUCUCAGCCACAAACAUUCGCAGCGCCCGUUUUAAAGGGUACGAAGAGGUGAGUGAGGGUGUUUGAGUUACACAGCACUUCACCAAGUCGGACACCCAAGGCUUCAUACCGUGCGUCCUGAACCACGCAAAGGGCCCGUGGGUGCUGCUCCCACGGGGACAGCCCUCGCCCGGGACAGCGAGCCUGAAGCGAGGCGGCUUUGGCUGAGAGCACAGGGACCAGAGGACUUCGGACUCCUGGCCGGAUGUGCUCCUUCCUGGUGGGCGGUGGCUGCAGGGGGCGUUCCUGGUCUGUGUCCAGGUUCGUAUGGUCUCUCGUUGGCUUAGUGGUUGUGAGAAAACUAGUUGGACUUGCUUACAGUCUAGAGGCUUUCACAAAUACACUCAAGAAUGUGUCAGGGAGAAUGAGACUAGCUCUGUGCUAAUGCACCCCCACCUAUAAAGUGUGUGGGCACAGACAUCCCCGCGUAGCUGUUUGAUACUUACAACUUCAAAAUACGAAAUAAUAUAAAAAUGGUUUACAAAUGUAAAAUCGAAUACAAGCCAAUGGAAUCCUUGAUUUCCUACCUCAA